ACAUCACUAUAGAGUAAACAGAGUUUGAACUAUUUACUCCAUCUACACUGAACAAAACUCUGGGCUCUGGAUAAAGACAUCUCAAUCUCUGCUGGCUUCCCUGCAAAGAGAUGUUAAAGUAAACAGAACAAUGCCAGAGGAAGAGGGAUACUGCAGGGAGAAGAUCCAGAGGAACAGAGAGUAUUAAGACUAAUCACAGAAGCUAAGGCUUCGGGAUAGCAGACCAUGAAGCCUUGCAAGAAGGUGCAGUCGUUCGUGAGCAGUCUCUCCCGUAGGAAGCCCCUGACCACAGACGGAGAAACCAACCUCUGCCGCUGUCUGACCACCAUUGAUCUGGUGGCCCUGGGGGUGGGCAGCACACUGGGAGCUGGAGUCUACGUGCUGUCAGGAGAGGUGGCGAGGUCAACUGCAGGGCCCAGCAUUAUCAUCUGCUUUCUGGUCGCUGCCAUCGCCUCCAUCUUCGCCGGCUUGUGCUAUGCAGAGUUUGGCUCCAGAGUACCCAAGACAGGGUCGGCUUAUUUGUACAGCUAUGUGACUGUUGGGGAAUUGUUGGCAUUCAUCACAGGAUGGAAUUUAAUACUUUCUUAUGUGAUAGGCACUUCAAGCGUUGCAAGAGCAUGGAGUGGCACUUUUGAUGACCUGAUUGGCAAUCAGAUGGCUCGUUUUCUUAGCAAACAUACUGGAAUGGGGUUGCCGGGUUUGGCUCCCUAUCCAGACUUCUUUGCCGCUGGCCUCAUCAUGCUGCUAGCAGGUCUCCUUGCAUUUGGAGUGAAGGAGUCGGCCAUUGUGAACAAAGUCUUCACAGGGAUCAACAUCCUGGUCCUAGUGUUUGUUAUUAUCAGUGGAUUCAUCAAAGGAGAUCUCAAGAACUGGGAAAUUGGCAAAGACAUCCUUCUGAACGCUACAAUAGAGGCCAGGAACCUGUCCUCCUCUGUCAAUGUGACCAGUGCGUUUGGUGUGGGAGGGUUUUUCCCGUAUGGUUUCGAAGGCACUCUGGCUGGAGCUGCUACCUGUUUCUACGCUUUUGUUGGGUUCGACUGCAUCGCCACUACAGGGGAAGAGGUGAUUAACCCCCAGAAGUCCAUCCCUAUUGGGAUUGUCACCUCCCUGGUAAUCUGCUUCCUGGCUUACUUUGGCGUCUCGGCCGCGCUGACCCUCAUCCAGCCGUAUUACCUGCUCAGCACGAACAGCCCACUGCCUGUAGCCUUCGAAUAUAUCGGAUGGGGACCGGCUAAGUACGUGGUGGCUGUGGGCUCUCUCUGUGCGCUGUCCACAAGUCUUCUAGGGUCCAUGUUCCCGAUGCCCAGGGUUCUCUUUGCCAUGGCCAGGGAUGGAUUACUCUUCAAAGCCUUGGCUAGAGUCAGUUCACGCCAGAGUCCAGUUAUAGCAACCCUCUCAUCUGGAACAGUAGCUGCUAUCAUGGCUCUCCUGUUUGAUCUGAAGGCCCUGGUCGAUAUCAUGUCCAUUGGAACUCUCUUUGCAUAUACAUUGGUUGCCAUUUGUGUCCUAAUCCUCAGGUACCAGCCUGAUUUCAGUAAAGAUGAUCCAAAGAAAGAAGGGGGUGGGUCCAAACUUUGGUUCUUAAACCCCCCUUCAUACCCAACUCGUCAGACAUCCACCCUAGUGUCUUACAGCACAGUACUGAUAGCCGUCCUAGUCACUGGCCUGAGCGUGGUGCUGGCAAAGGCAAUACAAUCCAUACUGGAUAAGGAAGUGUGGAGCAUCAUCUUUGUGGCCGUUCUUCUUCUGCUAAUCAUCUUCUGCAUCAUAAUCAUCUGGAGACAGCCCCAGAGCCCAAUCAAAGCCUCCUUCAUGGUCCCCUUCCUGCCGCUGCUUCCUGUUGUGAGCGUCUUUGUGAAUGUGUAUCUGAUGGUGCAGCUCGGAGGUGACACCUGGAUUCGAUAUGCUGUCUGGAUGGCGAUAGGAUUCCUCAUUUAUUUUGGCUAUGGGAUUCGUCAUAGUGAGUAUAGAAAGCUUCCCCCAAUCCAGGACCAGGUCAAGAUUGACACGAUCGCAUUGGACGGAGACGUAAUCAAACAGCAUCGCUUCUGAACAUGAGAGAUCCAGAAGGAAUGGAAUCAGAGACCAACUGGUUUAACAAGAUAUAGAGACUGUCCCUUUAAAAGAAAUAAUUGCAUUCUGCAAUUGCUAAGUGCUAAUUAAAAAUCUUAGCACAGGUAGAGGUAAACUAAAAAGACCUUAAAGGGGAAGCAAUUGUGGGCUCUCCGCAUUUCUAGGCCACGUUAUAGUCCAAUAUCAAGUACCCCAGAGUGCUGUGAAGGACUCGUUCCUCCUUUCAGCUUGUCUGGCAUAUGGUUGCAGUUCAAAUCACACUGGUAAACAAAAAGGCCUUUGUGGAGAAAAUCUCUGUACCAGGCAUUUAGUACUAAGGGAUAUUUAGAAAUUUAUUGAGAAACUAAAAUGUUUUACUAGUUAUGUGUAUUAUAUUAAUUCAGAAUAAUGUUUGACAGCCCUACAAAACCAAACCAAACAUUGACAUCUUACUUUUAAAUGCAGUAUUAAAAAACCAAGCAUUUGCACAGAUAGAGAAUGUGGUACAGUUAGAGCAAAGAUGUUUUACAGCUUGUGAUAAACAACCCAGAGGCCUAGUUAACAGGAUGAUGAAAAUGAAUGGAGGCAGCAAGAUAGAUUCCAAUGGAAUACCUGACAAUCCUGUGUGUGGUACCACAGCUUAUACAAAACCACGAUAUUCUCUUUUAAAAGACUGAUACAAUACAAAAUCCAGGACAUUCUAGUAGGGAUUCCAGUUUUGGUUGGAACUGUUACAUGUAAAAUGUAGUACAUACUUAAUGUAACUAAUGUAAUCUGACUAAAUUCAAAUGAAAAGUGCUCACAGUAUUUGUAUUCCAAUCAUGUGCCAGCUAUUGAUGUGCAGUAUCAUUUAUGUGUAUUUUAAAAUGAUCUAUAAUGAUCUAAAAUCAUAUAUAAAAUGUAUCUAUGCAACUAAA